ACUAACCAUUUCUUGUCUUUGGUUUCCUCACAGAGCCGUAUGGCGGAGAGCCUGCGUUUGUUCGAUUCCAUCUGCAACAACAACUGGUUCACUAAUACCUCGCUCAUCCUCUUCCUCAACAAGAAGGACCUGCUGGCCGAGAAGAUCAAGCGUAUUCCGCUGACCGUUUGCUUCGCUGACUACAAGGGGCAAAACACCUACGAGGAGGCGGCCGUGUACGUGCAAAGGCAGUUUGAGGACCUCAACCGCAACAAGGAGACCAAGGAAAUCUACUCGCACUUCACUUGCGCCACUGACACCAGCAACAUCCAGUUUGUGUUUGACGCGGUGACGGACGUGAUCAUCCAAAACAAUCUCAAGUACAUUGGGCUGUGCUAGGACGAGGGGACGGGGGGAGAGGGGCGGCAGGCACGGCAUAUGAAAAAAACCCUUGGCGAACGAUCUGAUCUGAGUGCCCUCAAAAACGCUUGUCGAAACAGGAAACGCAGAUGAGGCCCAGAGGAAAGGGCUACAUGCUGCCAUCCUGCUAGAUUUAUCAAUGUCAAAAAUGUAAAGGUCAAAGAGGAUUUUACAAGGUUGGUAUAAAUGUGUUUGCACUGAACAUAUGAGUAUGUAGAUACACACACAUACACCAUCGUUACGUUUGUUCACACACAACGGACUUCAGGAUCAGCAGUCGAGCACAUGUUUGUCAUGGAAACACUGGAAACAGAUCUCCCUGCUCCUCUCUUCCCUGACAAACAGCAGGAAUUCCUAAACAUCUAUGAAAGGGAUAGAUCACCCGAAAAUGUACUCAUUUGCUCAUGUCAUUUCAAACCUGUAUGACUUUCUUCUGUGGAAUACAAAAGGAGAGGUUUAGCAGAAUGUUCAUGCUUCUCUCUUACAUACAAUGACAGUGAAUGGUGGGG